AUGCUCGAGUGCUUUAAUUCAAAGGUGUAAUUUUAUUGCCAUUACGGCCAUUCCCAAAGAAUUUAUGAGACUGAUAUUUAAUAUAAUUUCUAAGUUAAGGGAUCUAUUGCUUAGCAUUAACUUUAGCUAAAAUACUUAAAUAAUACUUAAACCAUUCAAAAUUUCACUUUUAGUUUUGAUUUGUCUGAAGAUUUUUGCUUUGAUAAUUUAAGUAUAAAGAUUGAUGAAAAGAUAAUUAACUGUCUAGUUAAAGAGAAGGAGGAAGCAAAAGAAGAAUAUAAAAAUGCUUUAAGAUAAGGAAAAACUGCUGCAUUAGGCUCUUUUUAAGGUUAGAGAGGGAACUUUUAAGUUUAAGUAGGAAAUAUAGAGAAUGAUUAAGAAUUCUUGAUUUGCUUCAACUGUAUAGAAUAAUUAACUUUUCAAGGUGAAUAUUACAAAAUGACUUUACCAUUUAGAUCCAGUGAAAAUUAAAUAUUAUUUGAGAAUCUUAAAAUAAUUGGUGAUAUUUAUGCAUAGACUGAAUAAGAUUGCAUUGUUUUAAAUGAAUUUAAUAUUUAUCAGUUUAAUAAAUUGGUUAAAUUCACAUAAGUAACAGCUUAUCAUACUGAAAUACUUGCAUAAUUUUCUAAGGAUACAUUAAAAUCCAUUUUCUAAAAUGGAUUAAAUCUAGAAUUUUUAAAAAUCAAAUAUGAUAAAUAGAAUGUCACUUUGCUUUCAAGCUAUUAAAACGAUUCUGAAAUAUCUCCAUAUUGUGUCUUACUCAAUUUUGUACCUAAUAUUGCUUAAGUCAAAAAAUAACUUUUUAGAUAAGCCUAAAAUGAAAUUGAAUUAAUGAAGGCAGAGUUUUUACUUCUUAUUGAUAGAAGCGGUUCUAUGGUAGGCUCUAAUAUAGAAACAGCUAAAUAGGCAUUGAUCUUCUUUUUGAAAUCUCUCCCAGAAGGUUCUAUCUACAAUAUCAUAUCAUUUGGUACUAACUAUACAGUAAUGUAUCCACAAUCUGUUUAAGUUAAUGAUUAAAAUUUACAAGAUUCAAUAGAUAAAAUUGAAAAAUUCUAAGCAAAUAUGGGUGGUACUAAUAUUUCUUAAGCUUUAAAAUAUUUGAUGUAUAAUCUAUAGGACUAAUAUGGAUUGAGAAAAAAGAUUUACAUAAUAACAGAUGGAGAAUUCCAAGAUUAUUAACCAGCUUUAGAAAUAGUCAAAAAGAACAAAUUCAAAUGUGAUAUUAACGCACUAUGCAUUGGCUCUUACGAAUUUUUAUAUGCUACAUAAAUUUUAAAUGAAACGGGUGGUAAUUUUUAGAAAGUAACUGAUACCUCCUAAAUUAUUUCUUAAGUAAUUUAAUUACUUAAAGACUCAUUUGAAAAUUUCAAUGGUGUAUAAAUGAGUCUGAUAUCAGAUCAUGAUGAUAGCAUAAAUUGUAUUGUUCCUGAUCCUUAGCAAAUAUGCUAUAUCGAUACAUCUAAAACUUUGAGAUUUUAUAUUUUCUUAAAUAGAAAGCUAGAAGAAGUGCAAUAAAUAAAAUUUAAACUGAUAACUACUUACUAAGGUAGCUAGAAAACAGAAGAUGAGUAUAUUGUUGAUAUUAAAGACCAAAUUUCAAACGAAUUUGCACAUAUUCAUAAGAUGGGUCUAUAUCAGUUAAUUAGAUAAGUGAUUAUUAAUUAGUAAAGAAAAUGUGAAAAUGUGUUUGAUGACAUUUCUAAUGCCAUGAAACCUUCUUAAGAUAAGAUGAUAGAAUUGCUCAAGAAUGAAGCUAUCAGGUAUUAAAUCUUAUGUGAGUAUACUGCAUUUAUAGGUAGUGAAUAUUAACUAUAAGAAGAAGUCAUUGAAGGAAAAAGAGAUGAUAUAGAAUAUUUGAUAUAUUAAAGUAAUUUAAAUAUUUCUAAAGCAUCAAAAUGUUUAUCAAUCGCAAGAAACACACACUAAAAAGCAAGUUGUUGUGGAGGUGGUAGUUAUAGUUAUUAAAAUAAAAGCAGUAAUUAUAUAUCUUAGACUCCCAGUAAUAUUUUGUUAUAAAAUAAAACAAAUGAAGAUACAACUAGAUAUAAUAAUGGAUAGAUAGAUAAUUAUUCAAAAGUAAUACAACUUUAAAAAGCAUCUGGGUUGUGGUAAUAUUCUGAGAAUUUAAUUGGGCUUCUUGAUCUUAGUGCGGAUUAAGUAAAUCAACUAAAUCCAAUAAAAGAUACCAUUUAAUAAAAUCAAGACAUUUGGAUGACAAUAGUAGUUACAUAUUGGCUGUAAAAAUUCCACUAAAAAUUAUCAAAUUAACAUCAAUAUAUUUUGCUGAAAGCUUACAAAUAAAUUGAUAGAUUUAAAAAAUAAAAUGAUAUUGAAGAACCAGUUAUUCAACUAGAAAAGCUUUUUGAAAACUAUUAAUUAUUAAAAUCAUGA